AUGAGUAAUACUUCAUCGUACGAGAAGAAUAAUCCAGAAAAUUUGAAGUACAAUGGUAUUACCAUAGAUUCUGAAUUUUUAACUCAGGAACCAAUAACCAUUCCUUCAAAUGGGUCCGCAGCUUCCGCAGAGGAAGCAGGUUCAGGAUCUAAGUGGCAGGAUUUUAAAGAUUCGUUUAAGAGGGUAGAACCUAUUGCUGUUGAUCCUAAUCUUACGGAGGCUGAAAAGGUGGCAAUUGUCACUGCACAAACUCCAUUGAAGCACCACUUGAAAAAUAGACAUUUGCAAAUGAUUGCCAUCGGUGGUGCCAUCGGUACUGGUCUGCUGGUUGGGUCAGGUACCGCGCUAAGAACAGGUGGUCCCGCCUCUCUGUUGAUUGGAUGGGGGUCUACAGGUACCAUGAUUUACGCUAUGGUUAUGGCUCUGGGUGAGUUAGCUGUGAUUUUCCCGAUUUCCGGUGGGUUUACAACGUAUGCUACUAGAUUUAUUGAUGAAUCCUUUGGUUAUGCUAAUAACUUCAAUUAUAUGUUACAAUGGUUGGUUGUGCUGCCCUUGGAAAUUGUUUCUGCAUCCAUUACUGUAAAUUUCUGGGGUACGGAUCCAAAAUAUAGAGAUGGGUUUGUCGCACUCUUUUGGGUGGUAAUUGUUAUUAUCAAUAUGUUUGGUGUGAAAGGUUAUGGUGAAGCAGAAUUUGUUUUUUCAUUCAUUAAGGUCAUCACUGUGGUAGGGUUCAUUAUUUUAGGUAUUAUUCUAAAUUGUGGUGGUGGGCCAGAAGGUGGUUAUAUUGGUGGUAAGUACUGGCAUGAUCCUGGUGCCUUUGCUGGUGACACCCCUGGUGCUAAAUUUAAAGGUGUUUGUUCCGUUUUCGUUACUUCUGCCUUUUCUUUUGCUGGUUCAGAAUUGGUUGGUCUUGCCGCCAGUGAAUCUGUAGAACCAAGAAAAUCCGUUCCUAAGGCUGCUAAGCAAGUUUUCUGGAGAAUCACCUUAUUUUAUAUUCUGUCACUAUUAAUGAUCGGUCUUCUUGUCCCAUACAACGAUAAAAAUUUGAUCGGCGCCUCUUCUGUGGAUGCUGCUGCUUCACCUUUCGUCAUCGCAAUUAAAACUCACGGUAUUAAAGGUUUGCCAAGUGUUGUUAACGUGGUUAUCCUAAUUGCUGUGUUAUCUGUUGGUAAUUCUGCCAUAUAUGCAUGCUCCAGAACAAUGGUUGCUCUAGCUGAACAACGAUUCCUACCACAAAUCUUCGCCUAUGUCGACCGUAAGGGUAGACCAUUAGUAGGGAUUGGCGUUACCUCUGCAUUCGGUCUUAUUGCGUUUGUCGCCGCCUCUAAAAAGGAAGGCGACGUCUUCAACUGGUUACUUGCCUUAUCUGGGUUGUCAUCCCUUUUCACAUGGGGUGGUAUUUGUAUUUGUCACAUCCGUUUCAGAAAGGCGUUGACCGCCCAAGGUAGAGACCUGGAUGAGCUGUCUUUCAAAUCUCCUACAGGUGUUUGGGGGUCCUACUGGGGUUUGUUUAUGGUUGUUAUUAUGUUCAUUGCCCAAUUCUACGUUGCUUUAUUCCCCGUAGGUGGUUCUCCAAGCGCAGAGGGUUUCUUUGAAGCUUAUCUGUCCUUCCCACUUGUCAUGGCUAUGUAUAUCGGACACAAAAUCUACAAGAGAAACUGGAAGUUUUUCAUUCCCGCAGAAGAAAUGGACAUUGAUACUGGUAGAAGGGAAGUCGAUUUGGAGCUGUUAAAACAAGAAAUUGCAGAAGAAAAGGCAAUUAUGGCCACCAAACCAAGAUGGUACAGAAUCUGGAAUUUCUGGUGUUGA